AUCCCUCUGGAUGGACCAACCCGAUUGACUAGCCGGAGCGCUCGUUCGUGUUCUGUUCGCGUCUUCCUGACUAGCGGCUGCGUAUUACUGAGCAGUGGCAGCUCGGACUUAGUGCAGCUCCGCCGCCGCUGCUGAUGUCAAAUAGCAGUUCUUCUGUGCGUGCUGGUCGGAACGUGCAUCCCUCGUGUUUUAUCGUCCAAAGAGUGUCAUCCGUCAACGGCAUUCUUCAUCCUGUGCCUCAACCUCUAUAAUUGAACCCCCACCCUAUCAUACGACUCUACGAAUAGGAAGCCACGCGAUAUAGAGAAGGGUGUGGCUGGAGCGCACAUAUAUCUGGGAAAGCGGCGACAGUUUCUCGCCGAUAGAUGGACAGGCAGAUGCGUGUUCCUGGCCUGAGUUGUGGCGAUCCAGAAGGAUGGGGACCGUUAUCUGAUACCCGUGCCGACUUCACGUCGUGUUUCGUCGAUUCGGCCGUUGACUUGGUCAGCUUGGGCCUUGUUCUUGGCGGUGCGAUCCAGAUUUACGUGCUUUCACGACGGACGCCGUACCCGAUACCGCAGAACUGGCACUACUGGUCGAAAUUGGCUGGCGUUGGUUUCGCGAUUGUCACAUUGUUCCUUCUCGCCUCGCUACACAUCGAAUACUCGCCGUCAUGGGGGUCCGACAUACAGUUCUGGACGCCGAUUUUCAGCUGUCUGGCUUUGCUCGUAGCUUUGGCGAUUCAUCACCUUGAGCAUGCACGGUCCAAAGUGCCUAGUGGAGUGCUGCUCUUCUACUGGCUGUUUUUUGUGAUCGUGCAUGGCAUCCAACUGCGGCAAUCCAUAUCUCUCCAGGAUUAUAAUCACCGACUUCCUAGACUUAUCACGCUGGCGAUCCUGGAGACGGUUGGAAUCACUGUCUUUGCCUUGGAAUGGCUGGUGCCCAAGACGCAGAGCUCCUACAGCGCUCUCGACGACGAUGAAUAUGAAUGUCCCACCGAACACGCAACCGUUUUCUCGAUCCUGACCUUCGGUUGGAUGACUCCGAUCAUGAAGCGUGGGUACACCAAGUUUCUGACGGAGGAGGACCUGUGGGACCUGCGUGAAAAGGACGGCACGACGACCACGGAGAGGAAAUUCUCGGAAGCCUGGGACAGACAGUUACAGCGCAAGACUCCCAAUCUUUGGUUCGCAUUGUUUCAAGCGUUCGGUGGACCGUUCGCGACUGCAACUCUGUUCAAGAUCGUUCAAGACUCGCUGGCGUUUGUUCAACCUCAAUUGCUGAGGAAGCUCAUUGGAUUUGUUGCGUCAUAUGAAACCGAAACGCCGCAGCCUGCGAUUCAAGGAGUGACCAUCGCCCUUCUCAUGUUCCUGACUAGCACCAUCCAGACAUUGUCCCUGCAUCAAUACUUCAUGCUUGCAUUUGAAACCGGCAUGAGGAUAAAGAGUGGGCUGACGGCAGCCAUCUACCGAAAGAGCAUACGGCUGUCCAACGAGGGACGCGCAGCGAAAUCUACUGGUGACAUUGUCAAUCUGCAGGCCGUUGAUACUCAAAGGCUUCAAGACAUCACGCAGUACGGCCAGCAAGUGUGGUCAGCCCCUUUCCAGAUCACCCUUUGCAUGAUCUCGCUUUACAACCUCGUGGGACCCAGCAUGUUUGCCGGCAUCGGUGCGAUGUUGAUCAUGAUUCCGAUCAAUGGUUUUAUCGCCAAUUUCAUGAAGAAGCUUCAGAAGCGACAGAUGAAGAACAAGGACGCCCGUACGAGGCUCAUGACCGAGAUUUUGAACCACAUGAAGAGCAUCAAACUGUAUGGCUGGAGCGAGCCCUUCAAGCAGAAGCUCGACCAUGUUCGCAAUGAUCAGGAGCUUCAUACUCUGAAAAAGAUUGGAAUUUCCCAGGCAUUCGCCAGUUUCACGUGGUCUUCCACGCCUUUCUUAGUAUCCUGUUCCACAUUCGCCGUCUUCGUCCUCACGCAAGAUAAGCCUUUGACCAUCGAUAUUGUCUUCCCUGCUCUCACUUUGUUCAACUUGUUGACAUUCCCGCUCACGAUGUUGCCCAUGAUCAUCUCAGCGCUCGUUGAAGCCAGUGUUGCUGUCGGUCGCGUUACGUCGUUCUUGACGGCGGACGAGCUACAGCUUGACGCGGUUUGUCGUAAAGAGGCCGUCACCAAGGACGGAGAGGAAACCGUCAGUAUCACCAACGGCACAUUCACCUGGAACAAGAACGUGCCCGACAACAACUGUCUGAAGAACAUCAACUUCUCGGCAACCAAGGGAUCCCUAAGCUGCAUCAUCGGCAGGGUCGGAGCCGGAAAAUCGAGUUUCCUCCAAGCAGUCAGUGGAGAAUUGAACAGGAGAGAAGGAGAGGUCGUUCUCUGUGGCUCUACGGCAUAUGUCUCGCAGCAACACUUCAUCAUGAACGCCUCCAUUAAGGACAACAUUCUUUUCGGUCACCGAUUCGACCCUGCUUUCUACGCCGAGACCAUUCGGGCCUGUGCUCUUUUGGAGGAUUUCGACCAUCUCCCAGACGGCGAUGAGACCCAAGUCGGAGAAAAGGGCAUCAGUCUUUCGGGUGGCCAGAAGGCACGGCUCUCACUCGCGCGGGCCGUUUACGCAAGGGCCGACAUCUAUCUUUUGGACGAUCCCCUAUCCGCGGUAGACCAACAUGUUGGAAGGCACUUGAUCGAUCGCGUCUUUGGAGCUCAUGGACUUCUUGCCGGUAAAACACGAAUCAUGGCCACGAACUCUAUUCCAGUUCUCCGCGAGGCGGAUCGUGUUACCCUCAUUGUAGGUGGCGAGUUCGUCGAAGCGGGUUCCUACGAUGCCGUGAUGGCUUCCAAGGGUGCAAUUUACGAUAUCAUCCGUCACUUGAAGGAGGACCGAAACAACGACAACGCAAGCGAUGACCUGACUAUCGUUGCCGCCGGAGCAUCCCAAGAGGUUUCGAGCGAGGAAGACGAUGUACCCGAAUUGAAUACCAUACGUCACGGCAAUGCCAAAUCUCGCAGGACAAGUCUUAGGCGCGCGUCCGUUGCCAGUCUGAAGCGGGACCGUAGAAAGAUCGUAGACGAGGAAACUCAACCGGAAAGACGCACGGCAACUUCGAAGGAACACUCGGAGCAGGGCAAGGUCAAGUGGGCUGUGUACGGAGAAUACGCGAAAGCUUGUAACCUCACGGGUGUGGCUAUGUACAUGGUCGCCUUGGUGGUAUCUCAGAUGGCAUCCGUCGGUGGCAACCUGUGGCUCAAGAGGUGGUCGGAACUCAACUCGCAGCAUGGCCGCAACCCGGAGGUCGGAAAGAACAUUGGAAUUUAUUUCGCUUUUGGUAUUGGAGCCGCCGCUCUUGUUGUCUUCCAGAACCUCAUUCUGUGGAUCUUCUGCGCAAUUGAGGCUGCCCGCAAACUCCAUGAUGCUAUGGCUGUCUCUAUCUUCCGCAGCCCAAUGAGCUUUUUCGAGACUACCCCGGCUGGCCGAAUCCUCAAUCGCUUCUCGAACGACAUCUACAGGAUUGACGAGGUCAUUUGUCGUUGCUUCAACAUGCUCUUCCAGAACAGCGCGAAGUCAAUGGCAACGAUCAUUAUCAUCUCAUUCACCACACCUCCUUUCCUGGCUGUUGCCAUUCCGCUUGGAUUCCUGUAUCUCUACAUCCAAAGAUACUAUCUACGCACGUCGCGGGAGUUGAAGAGGCUAGACAGUGUCUCCAAGAGCCCGAUCUAUGCGCAUUUCCAGGAAACGCUCGGUGGUAUCUCGACGAUCAGAGCUUACCAGCAACAGGCUCGUUUCGUCAAGGAGAAUGAGCACCGGAUGGAUGAGAAUUUACGAGCGUACUUCCCUUCGAUUAAUGCCAACAGAUGGCUGGCGGUGCGACUGGAGUUUAUCGGUAGUAUCAUCAUUCUCGGAUCUGCUGGUUUCUCCAUCAUGUCCGUGGCUUCGGGUAGCAAGCUUUCGGCUGGUGCCGUUGGUCUGGCUAUGAGCUAUGCACUACAAAUCACGCAGUCCUUGAACUGGAUCGUUCGGCAAACCGUGGAAGUUGAGACGAAUAUCGUUUCGGUUGAACGUACAUUAGAGUAUUCCAACUUGCCUAGCGAAGCUCCUGAAAUCAUCCCCAACAACAGGCCCCCUUCGAGCUGGCCUGCUGAGGGAGCAGUCUCGUUCCGCAACUUCUCGACUCGGUACAGAAAGGAACUGGACUUGGUAUUGAAGGACAUCAAUCUCGAAAUCAAGCCAAGGGAAAAGGUUGGCAUUGUGGGUCGCACUGGUGCCGGAAAGAGCUCCCUUACGUUGAGUUUGUUCCGCAUAAUCGAGGCGGCCGGAGGUAGCAUUAGCAUCGAUGGAGUCGACACUUCUGCCAUUGGAUUGCACGACCUCAGAUCUCGCCUUUCGAUCAUUCCUCAAGAUGCGGCCAUCUUCGAAGGCACCAUCAGGGACAACUUGGAUCCGCGCCACGUUCACGAUGACACCGACCUCUGGUCCGUCCUCGAAACGAGUCACCUGAAGGACAAAGUCGCGGCCAUGGAAGGAAAGCUCGAUGCGGUCAUCCACGAAGGUGGCUCCAACCUCUCGGUCGGCGAAAAAGCGCUCAUCUCCCUCGCCCGCGCGCUCCUCUCCCCGUCCAACAUCCUCGUCAUGGAUGAAGCCACCGGAAGUCUCGACAUACAGACCGACGCACAGAUCCAACAAUCGAUCCGCCAACUCGACUCGACCAUCAUCACCAUCGCCCACCGUAUCGGUACCAUCAUCGAUUACGAGCGCAUUGUGGUCCUCGAUCACGGUGAGAUCAAGGAGGUGGGACAUCCGUAUGAGCUGCUCAUGAACAAGGAUGGAUUAUUCCACAGCAUGUGUAAAUCCGAACUGGAGCACCUCACUAGGCUCGCGAAGGAGGCGUAUGUCAUGUCCGGCAGGACUGUGGAGGAGACAUCUUAGAUGGUAGAAAAGCACGCACGUUCUGUUGUUUUUUUUUCGGUUCGGUUGUUUCAAUACCUUUAGGUUCUUUCGGUUCUUUAGGGUUCUGUUUGCUUGUGGUUUAGCUAAGUAUGAACGAUGAAUGGUGGAUGGAUGGAUGAAUGGAUGGAUGAGUACGUAGAGUUGGGUAGCAUGACAACGUUUGUUCUGUUUGCACGAUAAAAAAAAAUCUUAACGCCGGCUAGCAUUUCGCAAGUGUCCUGUAGGUAGUAGACUCAUGCACAAC